AUGACAACGCUGUCAACUUGUGCACAGGACGGGAAUGGAAACUUGAAUCCGAUGUCAUUUACGGAUCAGCAUGGGAAUGUUAUAUUGGAACGCUUGCGUUAUCAACGUGAUACGGGACGUUUCUGUGAUGUAUACAUUGUUGUGAAGGAUCGUCACUUUUGCGCACAUCGAAAUAUCCUUGCGGCGUGCAGUCCAUAUUUUGACUCAAUUCUGAGGAAUUCAAAAGUUGUUAAAGAACAGGUGAUUGUGAAUUGUCAAAAUCCUGCAGUUUUUGAACUAUUGCUCAAUUACAUGUAUAGUGGAAGUGUUGUUAUCGAUCGUAGCAGUGUAACGGAUUUGCUGAAGCUCGCCAAUAAUUUUCUGAUAACACGAGUAAAAAAUUAUUGUGCAGAGUAUUUGGAUCGUUACAUGGAUUCAGCCAAUUGUUUGUCAGUGAAAGAACUUGCACUGAAAUAUAAUUUACCGGCUCUCCUAAAGAGUGCAUGCGAUUUCUUCGAUGUUAACAUCAACAGAUGUUUGCUGGAGAGCACAGAUAUUGUCGAAUUCUCAUUGGCUCAGUUAAAUGCAUUGCUUUCUGAGCCAAAAUAUGCCAGUUCUAUCUCCCCGGAUGUCCACUUGAAAUUAAUAGUUCACUGGAUUGGACAUAAUCCAACACAACGUGAUUCUCUCUUCAAGGACAUGUUAGCUGCUUGUUCGUUUGCAUCAGUACAAUCCGCUACUUUGGAAUAUUUGCUGGACUAUUCAUCUUUCCUUAUCAAUUCCCAAGCAGCACGAUAUACGCUAAUGCAAAUGAUGUGCGAGCAUUCAAUGCUAAUGGCAAAAUACCAAGCACAAUAUCGAACUCUUACUGCUCAAUUUGGCAAUGAAAGAACGAUUUUUUACAACGAUGCACAUUUGACAUAUGGAAGCAGUUCACAUUCCCAACCACAAUCGCGUAGUAUUUCUCAAGGAGAGACUGGCUUCACGAUGAACAUAAAAUCGGAGAGUGGGAGUUUGCACAGCGGAAGAAUUGGUAACGAAGUUCAUGAAACAGACACCGACAAAGUGCAUGCACAAUCAAAUUAUAAUGAAGAAACUGGGCAACCUCCUGUAAUUGGUGCUUCAACAACUGAAGAAGUGCUAAAUCCCACAGAAACAAAUGAUGGUUCUCGUCCGGCUUUGAAGCUGAAAAUUCACUUAAACGCGAUGAAUAUUUUAAAUCGAAAAAAUCGUCUUUUAGCUGCUGCCGGUCGCCACAAAUUAUAUCGAAAGUCAAUAACUGCAGCAAACCAAGUAUUAGCAAAACGACGAGGAAGACCACCAAAAAAUAAAACUUUUGUCCGAGCUGAAACUUUGAAAACAGAUGAGGCAUCAGUAGGUGAAGAAUUAUAUCCAGACUGUGGAAUUGAUCUUAAUGAACAGGUUAUAUUUGAUGAAGCAGAUGAAGUUGAUCCGUGCUCAAAGCAGGAUGAAUCCGAUAAUGAAGCGAAUGGCGAAACAAAUGGUACAUCUGUUGAAAAGCUUUUUAAGUGCGACUACUGCAUGUACAAAAGUUCAAGUGCGGUUCUCGUCAAACAUCAUGUUGUACGAGCACAUACUCAAAAUAUUGCCUAUGUUUGUUCUCUUUGCGUUUAUGAAUGCCGUUGGAAUCGUGAUUACUAUGAACAUAUGAAGACACAUUUCCCGGGUCCGCCUUUCCAAUGCGACAUAUGUCAGUAUGGCAUUGAUUCCAUCCAAAGUUUACUUUCGCAUCGCUUAACACAUUCUGAUGAACGACCAUUCAAAUGUACAUUAUGUGAAUACAAAAGUCGCUCAAGAAAUCAUCUUAUUGGUCACAUUCGCAAUCAUACUGUUGAUAAGCCUUUUCAUUGCUCCGAAUGUGGUCGUGCAUUUGCAAUGAAAAGUACUUUGGAUCAACAUGUCGCUGCACAUUCCGAAAAUAGGCCUUAUCAUUGUCUUCACUGUGAUUUUUCGACAAAAUAUCAAAGCCAUUUGAUUUCUCAUCGGCGUAUUCAUUCGGGUGAUGUUUUUCACUGUCAUUAUGAAGAGUGCACCUAUUCGUCACCCAAGAAAAGUCAGCUUGCUGCACAUUUAAGAACACAUUUAGCAGUCAGAGCACAUCACUGUAAGACGUGUAAUCGUUCGUUUAUCGAGAAAUCACACUUGGUGCGACAUGAAAGAAUACAUUUGGAGGAUAAACCUUUUAAAUGCGACAACUGCGACUAUUCAUCUUCGAGACGGGAUAAGUUAAAAGAGCAUAUUCAGAAACAUCACAGUAAUUCAAACAGUGGUAAACAACAUAGACGAAGAUAUCGGCGUGCAAAACAAUUGGCACAGCUUGCUGCGCAGGCUAAGACACAACCAAAUAUGGAGAACAUGUUUCGACCAAUUCCUUCCUCAGAGUUAGCUGAUAAUUCGUCGAAUAACUUGAGCAGACCUGUCGCCACCAAUGCAUUAUCUCAGCAAAACAUCUCCGAAUUUGCACUAUCUGAUAUAUCUCGACCUCAAAACGAGCAUCGUCAAUCACAAGCAGCUAGACAUAUCGAAACAACUCAGCAGACACACCCACAUUCAUUAAUGGACUUUUCGUCCCUUAACACCACAAAUCCUCUAAACAUUGGACGACCAUCUUCAGCAUCGGUACCUGCAACCACAGCGAUGUCUGUUUCACCAGCAAUGAGUCUCAAUUUUCAUAUAGGUGUUAUAAUGGAUUCUCCAAUUGAAUCGUUGCGAACACCCGUGCCACGUAGUCCACAUAGUGUUAGCAUACAUUCGGAUUUCUUUGAUAGUUCUUCACCUGCUGCUGGCCAAGAUGCACAACGUCCUAUGAGUUUGCCACCGUACAGUGGUGGGGGAGGUUCAGGAGCUAAUAAUCAGGUUGGUCCAUCCUGGCCGUGGUGA